AUGCAGAUAUGGCUGGACAUCAUGAAGCACCACGGGGAAGGCAAAUACCACGGGAAUGAGCGAAGCCAGUUUCUGGUGGUGGAAGACGACUGCGAGUUUGCCCCAGACUUUUCUGAUGAGCUUGUGGAGGCCAGACUGGCAGAAGUGCCGGAUGACUGGCAGCUAGUCUUCUUGGGUGGUGUGGAUGCCAUGGGUCUCCAGCCUUUGCUGCAGAUCUCUCCGGGCGUGAGGAGAGUUUACAACGGUUCGCGCGAAACGACGGCUUACGUGAUCAACGUAGAAGGUGUCCGGGAAGCUCUGAGAGUGUGCUUCCCGCUGUGCUGGCAGCUGGACACCAUGCUGACUCUGAACUCGCGACUGUGCGAUCCGCCACUCUGGGUCAGCGAGGACAUGAUGCUCUCCUACACGGUCAGGCCCAUGAGCUACAUCCUCUGGCCACCCCUGGCGGUGCAGAACAAGAGAGACUUCCGAACAGACGUGCAGAAGGACGAGCAUCCGGAGUUCCUGCGAUCCAACAGCUACAACGUCGCUCCCAGCAUCAUCGACGCCCCGUUGCCGGCGACCUCUGCCUUGCUCGCCUUUGACGAGUUUGAUGCAGAGGUCUUGGAAAGGACCUACGCUCUCGUGGGUAGUUGGGACGAUUGGGCAGCCUUUCAUCCCCUGCACUUCUCCGGCCUGGGACGCGAGGCACUGGUGGCGGAGGUGGAUAUCCCUCCUGGUGCUCCUGUGGAGUUCCAAGUGGUGCGCGACAACGACUGGAAUCAGC